AUGGCAUAUACAGGUUCUGACCAAGCGCUAACCUCGACAGAUCGACACGCUCGAAGAAGGCCGUUCGCGAACUGGAUGAAGCGACUUGCGAACUUGAAAAGCUUGCACAAUGAUUCGAGUCAAUCAAACGGUCAGAGGACGUCCGCAGUGUCCGCCACGGCCAAGUCCCGAAAGGACAGCGUGCACAAAAACAAUCCAUACCCAUACUCUGGCAAUCCCGAGCCUCAAGACCGCCCAGCCUAUUCAUCAGAUGCCGCGUCGCCCAUAGCAUCGCGCCCGAGCUCGACAACGCAUAGUAAGCGAUCGUUAUCACCAUCAAGAUCAAGCCAUGGCCAGCCGAAAUCUCGGGCGCCUACUCUUGCCACAACCGCCGAAACCACGCACUCGGAUGUCGCACCGUCAGGGGUCGGCACAAGCGGAACAGCAGCGCGCACAGACGGUGAUCGCAACAGCACGUUCUCGUCUCCAGCGCCGUCAUUGCGCUCCAUGACAACGACUCUAACGACCAUCCAAUCCACGGCUCCAGCCCUACACAACGCUACGAAUCAGUCAAACCAAGCAUUUUCCUCCUCAUUCUAUCCGACUCAGCCCGCCACCGCCAUCCCAUCUCACCUAGCACCCCUGGCUCACCCUACCACUUACUCAGGCGCCACCGCCAACAACGUCCUCACCGACGACGCCUCAAUUUUGACACUAGCGUCCUCCUCGAAACGCCGCAGGCGCAACAGCGUCGACACCAAUGCCUCAAUGAAAGCCAUCCCGCCUGCGUCGAUGUUUGGCGGCAGCCGCGAAUCUUUACCUCUCUCCGUACUUAGUGGCACGGUCAUCCACGGCGACCGGCAAGCAGAUAACGCGUCUUUGAGAGACGCAUCUGGAACAUAUGCUAGCUCGAAGCUGAAUCCCGAGAGGGCAAGCUUGAUAUCUGCUUCCGGCGUCACGGCGCCUGCGCUGGCGAGCGAGAGGAAUAGCUAUAUUGGCAGUGCCAAGUACGGUGGUGAUGCGGCUAGUGUGAGGAGUGGGCUGUUGGGAAGCAGUGGUGGACCGCUGCAUGGGAGGAAUGACAGCAUUAGUGGAAGUAUUGGUGGCGGGUUGGAGAAGAAGGACAAGGACAAGGAGAAUCUGGGGAAGGAGUAG